AUGUAAUCAUCUUAUUAGGAGGUAAUACAAAAAUAUCAAAUGCUCGUUUAACAAAGAUCUCACAUUAAGUUUUUUAUUUCAUCUUAUGGUACCUUGGUUUAUCAGAUUAAACUAUAAAAUUUUAUAAUCAGCAUUUACUAAUUUUUAUUUUAAUAGAAAAAGAAAUUAAUUUAAAUGUUGCAGCUUUUAGGUAAUAAAGAUUAAAAUCAAAGUGAUUGUAUCAGUGUUAAUGUUUUUAUUCACUUAUUAUAAGCAAAUUUACAUUUAGAAACUUCAAAUCCCCCAGAUAUCCCCUUUUACAUUUUUAUAAAUGGUUUCAAAGAGUAAAUUUUCGCUUAAAUACCGGAAACAUAGUAUGAAUAAACUAUAGAGUGUUAUUUGGACAAAGGAGGUUUGAUUUCUCAAUAUGAUAACAGAACCCUUCAAAUGUUGGGUUUUACAAAUAAUUGCACAUUCCAUAUGACACUGAAAUUAUUAGGUUAAAGAAUAAAUGAUAAAAAUAAUAAAAGAUUAUAUAAAGUAUUAGCGGAGUUGAAAAACAAAACAAUUUAAUUAUUUGUGGAAUAACUAAAAACUACUCCUGUAUCCUCUGUUUUUCAUGAUAUUUUGGUAGAAUUAUUCCAAAAUUAUUAACUUGAUAUUUCUUUACCGUUUGUUUUUUUUAUAAAUGGCACAGAAGUUCAACCAUUUGAUAUUCGAUUGAUAUAAGAUUUUCAAACAAAACAAGGUAUUAUAAUUAAAUUGGUUCUUCCAAAAAAAUAACCUAAUCAAGAUUCAAUAGAAAAGUUAAAAUUUGCUCUAAAUAAAGUAAGUAGAUUAAACGUUGUUAAAGAAAAAUUAUUAUGA